UCACACCACAGCGCUCCUUUCCAUUCGCUCAGACGCAACCGACGUCGCAGAGCUGACUGACGCCCUCUCAGCCUUCAUCUGUGCCGUCAUCCUGCCCGUUGCGAAGUCCUCGAAUGAAACCACCCUCAACCCAACAGCUUCCGCAAACUGCAUAUAUGCAGCAAACACAGUAGAAGACGGGCAAAUGGCCUCAGGCAGGCCUCUCCCCUCACCUGUGCGUCAUCUCUGGGCGAUCCCCAGCGAUGCUCAGGGCCGCUGACAUAGAAGGAAGAGGCCACAUCCACCUCCUGCGCCAUGUGCGACAGCAUCAAAUCCCACAUUGCCCGCGAAGGCAUCACAAACGGAUCCCCAACGUCUCUCCGCGCCACGGCAAUAUACACGUACACCGGCACAGGAGCCACAAAGGCCAGGAAACGGUGAAAGUCAUCCACCAGCUGGGGCAGGUGCUGGGUCAAGGAAGCAGUGACGUCCUGCGGAUGGUCCAGCGCCGAGGUGCCCACCCAGCACUGGUUGGCAAACACCACAACCUUGAAGCCCUGGUCUGAGAGGGUCUGCAACCGGGCGGGCAGAAAGGGCCGUGCCAGCGACCAUGUGGAAGAUGAUUUGCCGCUGAUGCGAUAGUCGAGGGCGGCAAAGUUGAGGGCCGCGACCUUCGUGCACUUGUCUUGCCGGUAAGGGGGACGCCUGCAGGCAGGCAGGCAGGCAGGCAGGCAGCACACGCGCACACAAAACAGAACAGAGCAUCGUUCUCCUCGCAGUGACUGGCCAUCAUUCGUAUGCUGACCAGAAGAUGCAUGUGUGGUGUUGUGCCCAUCCUCGAGGCAUGCCGACUGUCUUGAGAGCAUCCACAAACGCCGUGUGCCGCUUCAGGCGCUUCACUUCGGACACUCGGAUGCCUCCAGCAGACGCCAUGAUUCACCAACAUGAAUGAGCCGAAGGCAGAUCUGUUGCCUUGUGUCGCCCCUUCGCCGCAGCAGCCGUUUCCGGGCGCCUUCGCCGCAGCAGCGGUUU